UUGCAGGGUUUAUAUGAGUGGCUACUUGGACGUCGUCAAUGAUAUACUAGCUCGAUACUACUGGGUUCCCUUUCUAGCGAUGAGAGGCUCACUAACCGUGUGGUCCUGUCUGACGAGUCCUUUCUUCAAGGAGGGAGAACGGGAAGUGGGAGAAGUUUCUGAACUAUUUGUUCAUCCUAUUAGAGCUCUUAGACCCGUUAAGAUAACCGGACCCUGGAAACUCGGCCCUAAUGGUUUCUUAUAUGAUAAAGGUAUGUGUUUGUUGUUCAAGGGGUCUAAUGAGAGAUUGAAACAUACUGCUAAUGGACACGAGGCUUUGUUUGCUAUCAAUUUGAGUCUGAUUGACGAUUCCACAAAAUUACUUCUGACCCACAAGGAUCAAUCUAAUCUUAUUAUUGAUUUGACUGAAUUUGAAAUUGUUGAGAACUACGAAGUGGAGAAAGAUCCUAAAGAUAACGAAUAUUGCCAUGUUGGCGACAAAGCAAGUAGGUGGAUAUCUGAUGUCCUGGGUAAAGAGGUUCGUCUCAUGUUUUCUCCACAGAAGACACUCUCUGGUGAAGACAUGAUUAUCGCAAGUCUUGACCCCGUUCAUAUAAUCGGGGAAUCGUCCCUCAUAGCUUUUAGCAAAGAUGCUGGCUGGGAUGUCGAGAUGGAGAGAUUUAGACCCAACAUUGUGUCAGUCGGACAAGGCGCAUAUGAGGAUGAGACGUGGCAGGAAAUAAAAAUAGGAGACACCGUCUUGGAGUUCGAUCAUAGGACAACUCGCUGUCUUAUUACUAACGUGAAUUUCGACGGUGUAAGGGCUCCGGAUACCAUGAAUAAUCUGAGGAAACUGCGACCACGAUGUGAGAAAACUAAUAAACCUGUGUUCGGGAGCUAUUUCGCUGUAAAGCAGACUGGUCACGUGAAGCCCGGGGAUAAAAUUAUCUUGGUUAAAAGCAGGGUUCAUUGAUUAUUCAUAUUUUUAUCUGAUUGGUUAACAAUAAGUAAUUUUAAUAACUGUCUUUCUUUACUGGACACAAUCAUUUUAUGGUGCUGC